AUGGCGUCGGGUGCAGCAGCAAUGCGUGACCGUAAGGUAAAACCACAAUGGGAGCGGACUAGGCGUAUUAUGGCUUUGGUGCCUCCUGCAUGCGCCCCUUCUGAUAGUAGCAAUACUUCAGAAGAUGAAGACCAGGUUCCUAAAUUACUAGAACACGUUGAGACGAAUGACUUAUCUGAUUUUAGUUCCGAGCCAAAAUCAAUAGAGUCUUCUUUAGAAAGGUUAAAUAUCCUGGACGAUCUAUCUGAUAAUAGUAACUCCAAUAUCCAACAAAAUCCAGAAUCUCCCAUAUCUCCUUACGAAGAAGAUACAGUCCCAUUGACUCCACUUAUGAAUGAGAUAUUUAGACCGGGGUCAGAGUUACUACAUACCUUACCUAGAUUAAAUUCGCCACUUUUAUCUGCACUUCCGGAAAAUACAAGAUCAAAUAAAAGGAAAGCUAUCAAUAGACCGAAAUUAGUAACAAAAAAGUUUAUUGCUUCGGUUAAGGACGGAUUGCCUCUGUUCCGCACUGUUAGAGCCUUACCCUAA